AUGAAGAUCCUUUCAAUUCCGAAGUUGGAACUUCGGGCUGCGCUUCUUGCUAGUCGCCUGAAGAAUGAUAUCGAGAAAGCUCUGACACUGAGUAUUUCCAAAGUGUUCAUUUGGACUGACAGCACAACAGUCCUUCAGUGGUUGAACUCGACAAGCAAACAGCCCGCGUUUGUAGCCAAUCGAGUAGCCGAGAUUCUGAAGUCAACAUCAAUUGACCAAUGGUUCCAUGUUUUGAGUGGAGACAACCCCGCUGAUACCGGAACUAGAGGUACUACUGCUGAUUCCCUCAAGCAAAGCAGUUGGGUAAACGGCCCUUCCUUUUUGAAAACUUUGGAUUGGCCUUUCAAUCUAAAUGGGGAAGUUACUGAGAAAGUUCGACUGGAUGGUCCGGUCUGCGAUCUGAAUGAGGGCUUAGAGGUCUCUUCAAAUCUUUCGUGCACUGCAGUUUCGACUGACUUUGCCUUCUUUUGGGACGAGUACAGCUCUUUCUCCCAGAUAAAGCGACAGGUCGCAUAUAUGUUGAGACUCUCACCUAAGCAUAUACAUUUCAGAUCGCCAGAUAAGGCCAUAAUUGAUCCAGCAGAACUUGUCAUUUCAGAGGAAAAAAUUUUGCAACUUUUGCAGUUAGAGUCAGUUCCAGCUGAAAGUAAACAAUUAGCAGCUGGAAAAUAUAGGAAAAUAUCAUCGUAUUCGCCUUUUAUCGGGCCGAACGAUUUAAUUAGAUCUACCGCCGUAUCCAACGUCUCUCCGCAACCGCGUUCAAAACUCGCCAUCCAAUAA